GAAGAGGAAGAGAGGUGGUUGUGUGUUUACGGAAGUAGCUAGCUAGUUCGAUAUCUUUCAGCUUGUUAACAUAUUUACUUAAAUUAAAUAUAGUUUGCUACAUCAUGAAACCAUCAUGAUGGUAAAAAUAUAAUAGAAAUCAAAACAGACGUGGUCUAACAGAACAAGAUAAACACAACGAAGGUCUCCUGAGGUGGUGAAUUGAAGCCAUAACAUAACUGACACCAUGGGGGCCGAGCAUAGUGGUGAUUCUGAGCACAAACACUCCGACUACAGUUCCUCGGUGGUGCCCUCUCCAGCGAAGCAGAAGGCUAAAAUGGACGACAUUGUGGUGGUGGCUCAGGGGACACAGUCAUUGCGCAACAUCCAAAAUGACCCUGAUGUCAUCAAGCUUCAGGAAAUCCCCACUUUUCAGCCCUUGUUGAAAGGUGUGCUGAGCGGACAGAUGUCCCCCAGCAGUUUGUGUCUAGAGAGGCUGGACUCUGCCCAGGUGCUGCAGCUCUGCAUCCGCUACCAGGACCACCUGCACCAGUGUGCCGAGGCCGUGGCCUUCGACCAGAACGCCCUGGUCAAGAGGAUCAAAGAGAUGGACCUGUCUGUGGACACGUUGUUCAGCAUCAUGCAGCAGCGUCAGAAGCGCUAUGCUAAGUACGCUGAGCAGAUCCAGAAGGUGAACGAGAUGUCCAUGAUCCUGAGACGUAUCCAGAUGGGCAUUGACCAGACCGUCCCCCUGAUGGAGAGGCUCAACAACCUGCUACCGGAGUGCGAACGCCUGGAGCCCUUCAGCAUGAGGCCAGACGGGGACGUUGCAGCCAAGUAGAAGUAUCUCUGCCUGGGUAUGCUGAUACACUCACUGUCAUGGCCCUCUAGUCUAGCCUUUAAUGCCUCCGCCAUUUUAAAAGCUCUUUAUUGAACCAUUCAUGUUGAAUAGAAGAGAGGGAGGGAGGGAAAGAAAGAAAGACUCUGCCCAGCUUGCUCCCCAAUCCAUCCUAAACCCUUCACGUCCACAACUUACCGUCCCACCGGCCCUGGACAUUUAGCUCAGCCACUCAGCAUAAGCAGUCCCUACCCCAUGCACCAGAUGUAGUGGGUUUCUGGGACAGCUACAUCAGGGGUUUACAUGUCGCUGAGUGAAUUGGAAGACUGUAAAACAGGAAGUUUACAUGAUGAUUCACUGAAGGGAACCUGCUUGGAUCUUUGAUUACUGGUACUUUGUCCACAAGGAGUGUGGUGACAAAAUGACUUCCAAAAAUGACUGAAUCUCCAGAAGUAAUAUUAGUCAAACAUGAGCUCUGAAGAUAAACUCCUGGACCUUCAACUGGCAGUAUUUUUGUUUUGGGGGGAAACAUUUUUAUUACGCUAAAUUAUUUUGAGUGUUAGGUGACUGAAUAUGUUGGGUUCUCCGUUAGUAUUUUAAAUGGCUUACAUAACAACAAAUGCAAAUGUUUAUUUGGGAAAUAAAUUAAUACUUGAGAAAUUUGAAUCAUUUCAAUUUGUUGCAAAGUGUAUAAAGGUUCUUAUACUGUUCCGUUUAAAGAAUCAGUUAAAUAAUCAGAUACUGACCCUCUCACUUGGAUAUGAUGAUUGGUUAUAGGAUAUUGCCAUUUGGUGUUAUAACAUAGUAUAUACACUUAGUGUACAAAACAUUAUGAACACCUGCUUUUUCCUUGACCUAGACUGACCAGGUGAAU